UCAGAAGGACCCUCUGGCUUUGGAUGGGAAGGAGUCCCUUCAAAGUGACGAGCCAUCGUUCGAUUGGCAUCCCGUCAUCUUGUCGGCACCUUCCUGCGAAAAGAAGUGGUCGCCCACCACGCUUGAAUAACAGCAUUAUCCAUCGUUUCUCUCUAUUCUCCUCGACUCUUCACUCUCUCCCCAUCUUCCACUUCGACGCAACUCACAUUUUUGGUCGACCAUCUUCCCACUGCCCUUCUGAAAAGUAUUGUUACAGCACCGCUUCUUCACUCCUCCUCCGCUCACCCCCAUCAUGACCUGCCGCAUCGCGCUGCUUUUCGGGGCCCUAUUCUUCGCUCUCCCAAGCACAGCCAGGAACACUGAGCUCAGGAAAACCACCUCAAGAGUCCCGCCCGUUCUCGCGCCCAAUUGCCGUUAUGUUCAGAUACCACUCGGAAACAUCUCAGCUGACAACGUCGACUUCCCACGAACAAGGAGAAAUGUCGACUUCAAUUCUCCAAAAGACGUGACCAAAUUCUUCUCCUCUUGCCUUGACCCUCAGAUGUACGAGGAUCCUGAUGAGAAUACCACGAAACUCAUUGUGGAGAGGAACGUUACCAUCCACGGCAUCCUUUGCCGACCAGAAAGGCCAGUCGCUGCGCAAGAUCGUCGGAUUCAUCUAAUGGUCCACGACGCGACAUACGACAAAUCUAUGUGGCAUGGGCUCGGUAUACUAGAGUACAGUUUGGCAGAUGCCCUGGCGUCUGGUCUUGGUGGUUCCUACACCCUAGCCAUUGACCUUUGGGGUCAUGGAGACAGCCAUGGCCCGACAUAUCCCGACCCUUGGCAGGUACUCCAACCCCCGUUCCACGUCGAGGUCUUGCAUGAGCUCGCCGUCCGACUGCGCACAAACCAGCAUGGCCUCUGGAUGGCCUUCAAGAACGUAACAUAUGUUGGACAUGGCUUUGGUGCCCAGCUCGGCAGUUAUCUCAUCGAGGAUUUUCCCAAUGACGUCGAUGCAUUUGUUGGAACCGGACUCCCCACGGGCUCAAAGAUGACGCCUCGCCCGAGUGAAUGGAUGCUUGCGCCAGCACACUCUACAGAUCCGAAAUACCAGGACCAGCCGCUAGGCUACUUUACUGGGGCAGUGACUUCUUUCCUUGACCGAAGGAACAUUCUGUACGGGGGCAUCUACGAUGACGACUUGGCUGUACUGGACUUUCUCAGUCAAGAUACCAUUACUGGCGGCGAAGCCUGCUGGAGCGGAUCUUACCUUUCGAGCGAAUGGCUCGGUUCAGCCUUCAGCUUCAAGGGCCAGGCAUGCAUCGUCGCUGGAGAAUACGACAGAAUUGCGUGCGCCGAUGGGCGUGAGUGCAAGGAGAGAUUACGGGGCGUCUGCAGCAAGGUAUUUCCCGAUGCUAGCUCAUGCAAGAGCAAUGUUCUGGGAAGCACAGGCCAUGCCUGGAUGCUGCACAGGAUUGGUGUCAAGCUGGCAAACUCGGUUCGCAGCGCCUCGGCACUUGGAGGCUCUUGGGGAAAUUUGUGCUCGGUGAUUAGCUGA